AUGCAUUAUGCAAGCCCGCUGUAUUCAAGGAGUGGACCCUUUGCAGGAUCUUCAAUGGCUUAUUUUAGCCCCAGCCCUCCGGUUGCAGAAAAUAACGUGCAGCAGCAACCCAGUGGGUGGUCUUUGGGAAUGACAACACAGCCAUUAAAUGUCAACGACGAUUUUGGAAGUUCCAAAGUCAGUUUACCAGCUUUUUCGCAAAGAUUUAACUCAGGAUUUUCAACGACACCAAGUGCCCAUCGACCCACUCCUUAUAGCCCAGCAGCAGUUACAUAUUCUCAGAAUGAUUUGUGGACGAACUAUCCCGAAUCUGGCAGUUAUAGCACUGCAAAUGCAGUUUCACGUGCAAGGACCAUGCCCAGCUCUUUGUCUGCAGCAGCAUCUUUAUCAGCCAUGGCGGCGGAAACCGGAGGGGAUUAUUUUUAUAAGAGCUGCUACGCUUAUAACAUUCAGAGGACGCCUCAGCCACUCAGCGAGGAAAAGUCCAGCAGGAAAAUGAGUGCAUCCAGACGUGCAGGAAUUACCUGCUCCAAUUGUUCUACCACAAACACUUCCCUGUGGAGAAGGAACACCAUGGGUGAACCAGUUUGCAAUGCCUGCGGUUUAUAUUUCAAACUGCAUGGUGUCAACAGACCAUUAACUAUGAAGAAGGAUAGCAUUCAGACCAGAAAGCGAAAACCCAAAGGCAGCAAAAGUGAUGCAACUAACAAUAACCAUGCUGAUGCUAAGAGAAUAAAGACAGAACAACAAAAUACAGAAUACUCAGAAAACCACCAAACCAUGACCAGCCUGCACAUGUCAGCUCACGGCAACAAUAGCGUUCCGUCCCCCUACUCAUUGUACAACUCAGUGACACCACUUAAUUCUGGUUCCGUAUCGUCAAGACUUCUAUCUUCUCCACCAUACACCACCAGUGGGGUACCUUAUUACACGUUGUUGCAAAACGACAUGCAUGCACAACAGUUGCAACAUCAAAAUCAACACCAAGACUCAUCCAAAAUAGAACCAGGAAGUCCCCUUAACGGAAAUGGAGAAACAAGUCCGUCCAGCCCCACCAGACGCCACUGUGGAACCAAUGUGAUAAAUAAUAACAAUAAUCACGUUAUUAGUGUUGAUGGUUCUAAUGGAACCACCAAGUUGUUGGAUGGAAAUUUAGAAAGGCCUACUGUAGUUUCAUUGUCCAGCUGAAUGAAUUUUGGCCAAGUUAAGAUCGAAGAU